GCUCCUCCCUCCAGCCAUUCUUCAGUUUGUCCAACAGCAAAACACACAUACUGUAUGUGCACUGCUUAGAGUGCUCAGCCAUGCAGGUGAAAAAACAGCUCACUCUCAGGGCAGGCACAUUCCUCAUCCUCUUUCUCUUCACCUCAGACAAAGCUAACACAGAGUUCAUCAUAAAAAGUGUAAAUCUCUUUAUUCAGCCGAGGAAUGAAGUUCAAAGAGGUACAAAUGUGUCACUGAUAUGCCAGGCAGAAGUCAGCCAAAGCCCAGGGUCCAAUCCCAACUAUGAAUACAUAUUCUACAAAGAUUAUGAAAUGCUACUUACAGAAAAGACCACCGCUACACACUGGUUCUACUCUAUACCAGAUGCCAGAGUCUUCCACUCUGGAAAAUAUGAAUGUGCUGUUGUCAUUGGGCAUCAAAACAAGAAGAGUGGUUCCACAGACUUGACUGUUAAAGGUCUUCUGACACCUGUUCUAUCAGUGGAUCAACAAAGAUUGAAAGAAGGAGAUAAUGUUACUGCUGUCUGUACAGCAGAGGGAGAAAUGGGUUCUUUGAUGUUUUCGUUUAGAGAUGGACCAGUUGAACUCUACAGGAAGUCAACCAAUACUCAGAAAGUUGAGCAAAAGCUGGCCUUUGAGCACAAGAGGAUGAGAACUGUGAACAUGUUUUGCUACUAUUCAAUUAGUCUGGGUAGCAAAAUAGAAAUAUCUAACAACAGUAAUGUGAUUGACAUUGACAUUCAAGAGCUGGGUAUCACGCCUGAGAUCAAUGUCAUGCCAUCAGCAAAUGUCAUUGAAGGAGACCUCCUAACCUUCAGCUGCAAUGUGGAUAUGACUUAUCAAAAAAAUUCUGAACUUAGAAUCAGUCUUGUCCAUGGACAUACCACACUCGGUUUGAAUAUGGGACAGAAAACUUACAAUAUGUCUGCUAAAGCCAAUGACUCUGGGCAAUAUGAGUGCAUUGCAAGCCUCGGUGCCAUUCAUAAAUCCUCCUCUGUGAACAUCACUGUAAAUCAGCUUUUCUCUGUGCCUGCCUUGAGCAUUCACCCACCUGAAGUAUUUGAAGGAGAACACUUCGACAUCACCUGUCAUACUGACAUAAUUGCUUCUGUGAGAAUUCAGAGGGAGGAUAUAAAGUACUUCAUAUACAAAGAAAAAACCCUUGUAAUAAGCAAUUACAGAUAUAGUAAUACUGCAAGAAAUGUGACUAAUGGAAAAUACAUGUGUGUGGCAAAAGCCAAUGGCAUAAUCAAAGAGAGCUCGAAUGUUCUAUUUAGAGCAAAAGUACUUGUUUCACAGCCUGAGAUCAGAGUGGAUGCUCCUCCUGUCAUAGUGGAUAAACAUUUUUGGAUCCAUUGCCACUCUCAGAAUGGAAGUCUGCCAAUUAUCUACACACUGAAGAGAAACAACAUUACCGUGAACAGGACAGAGGUCUCUAACCCUCAUGAGAAGGCUCGCUUUAUAGCCAUGAUAUCAGCUCCCUCAGACAUCAGCAGUUACUUUUGUGAAGCAGAGAAUAAUGGCAAAAUCUCAGUCAAGAUGAGUCAAAGGCUAAAUGAGACUGUAAUAGUUCCAGUAGGGAAGCCUUUAUUUACAGUCAUUCCAAUACCUGGAAAUAUUGAAGAAGGCGAAGAUGUUACCCUGAUAUGUGGCAUUCCCAAGGGCUCUCCACCAAUCAAUUUUAGCUUUUAUGGCAACAGCCAUACACCAAUUAACACCACUACAGUUCAGAGUAAUUCAUCCUCAUUUGUCUUGAGUGCAGUGAGCAGACAGAAAAGUGGAAAUUACUACUGUGAGGCAUUUAACCUGGCUAAUAAAUUAAGCAAGAGUGACAUCAUCUCAAUCGAAGUGAGCCUGGCAAAGUGGAAAAAGAUUUUGACUGUGGCAUUCUGCUUGCUGAUAUUGGCACUGGUGGUCAUUUUCAUUGUGUUGCGCUACAAAGCCAAGCGAGAUAAAAAAGAGAAGGCUGCUAAAUUAUCAGUAAUGCCUGCAUUUCCCAAAUCAGAUGACUUUCUAAUCCAUGAAAGUCAUUAUAGUGGUUUCUCAGUGGGAGUUAAUAAUAAAGAAAGUGUUUGGAGUGAAAAACCUCCAGAUAUUUCUGAUGAGGGCAUUCUACAGUUGCCAAAUGAAGGUGAUGUAGAGUACACAGAAGUGGUUCAUUCUCAACCUUUAGAUCCUACACGAAUUCCUCUCAGAAAAGGCACAGAUACUGUGUACAGUGAGCUACAAACCCAAGGAUCUCCUGAUCACAUUAACCAUCAAGGCCUGUUGGAAUAUGCUGAACUCAACUAUGAUCUUCCUGCACCAGUGGACUAGCAGCAGUCAGACAUCUCCUUUUGGAAUUUUGCCAUUGCCUUAUCAAUCUCUUCCAUCAGUGAGGAACACACAUUCUUCUUCUAAAACACUCAUUAGUCAUGUUUUUAACUUUGUUUGAUUUGUUUCACUGUUUGUCCUCUUUGAUUAAGUGCUACUGUGUGUAUAUUAAGCCACAAAACACCACAUUCUUUUCAUAUGGCUGUCUUUAAUAUAUAUUUUUAAUAAAGCAAAAUGAUUUAUUUGA